GAGCUUGGCGCAGGGAGGACAGCAAGCGCUAUGUCUGCUUCCCGGGUACCAGAAGUCCAUGAGCUGUUGGAGAAGGCUCGGAAGGUCUUCCAGAAGGAGUUCGGGUCCGAGCCCACAGUGGCCGUGUCUGCGCCUGGCCGGGUCAACCUAAUCGGGGAGCACACGGACUACAACGAGGGCCUGGUGCUGCCCAUGGCUCUGGAGCUGGUGACAGUGCUGGUAGGAAUUCCACGGUCUGAUGGCCUCAUCUGUCUCAUAACAACCUCAGAGCAUGCUGAUGAGCCAAGGCGGGUAGAGUUCCCAGUGCCCACUGCAGAGCAGCCUUUGGAACCUGGGGUACCAUGUUGGGCCAACUACAUGAAGGGGGUGAUACAACAUUAUCCAGUCACUGGUCCCAUCCCAGGCUUCAGUGUGGUGGUGGCCAACUCACUGCCUCUCGGGGGUGGGCUGUCCAGUUCCGCGUCCCUGGAAGUGGCAACUUAUACCUUCUUGCAGCAGCUUUGCCCAGACUCUGGGGCAGCAAUCGUGCGUGCCCAGGUGUGUCAGCGGGCAGAGAACAGCUUUGCAGGGGUGCCCUGUGGCAUCAUGGACCAGAUCAUCUCACUGUUUGGGCAGAAGGGCCACGCACUGCUCAUUGAUUGCAGGACCCUAGAGAAAUGCCCUGUGCCCAUGUCAGACCCAGGGGUAGCUGUGCUCAUCACCAAUUCCAACGUCCGUCACUCAUUGGGUUCCACCGAGUACCCUAUCCGGCGACGGCAGUGUGAAGCAGCUGCCAAGGCACUGGGCAAGAAGAGCUUGCGGGAGUUAGAUAUGAAAGGUCUAGAGGCUGGGAAGGAGCUGCUGACCAAGGAGGAGUAUCGGAGGGCGAGGCACGUUGUGGGUGAGAUCCAUCGCACUUCUGAGGCUGCAGCUGCUCUGAGUUCGAGUAACUACAAAGCCUUUGGCCAGCUCAUGGUAGAAAGCCACAACUCCCUUAGGGAUGACUUUGAGGUGAGCUGCCCAGAGCUGAACCAGUUGGUGACGCUGGCCCUCUCAGUACCUGGGGUUUAUGGCAGUCGCAUGACUGGAGGCGGCUUUGGGGGCUGUACGGUGACCCUCCUGGAGACAGAGGCGGCAACCAGAACCAUGCAGCACAUUCAGGAACACUACAAAGGGACUGCCACCUUCUACCUCUCAAAAGCAGCCGAUGGGGCCAAGGCACAGCCUUUGUGAAAGGCCAUUAUGGAGAGAAGAACACACUGAACACCUCAUACCUGGAUGGUGGUGGCUGGGGGGAAGCUGUCUAUAUAAGCCAGUGGUUCCCAUACUUUUUUGGCCUAUUGCCCCCUUUCCAGAAAAAAAUAUUACUUAGUGCCCCUGGAA